CCAAGGUGACAUCUUUGCCGUGAUUUAAAAGUCUUUAAAUUGAAGCAGAAGGCAUAUAAAUACAUAACAACACUGCAUUAUGAUAUUCAGAUUACAAGGUAGGCCAUUCUGCAUGACAAAUACCUUACUUUGGCUACUUUGAUUACAGCAUUAAUAAUUCAGUAUUUUAUUGAGAUCAAACUGAGAAUACAGGACUUUUACUUAUAAAUAACCUUCGGCCUAUACUCUAGAAAGUCAUAUGAAACUAUUUGUAUUGACUAUUUUUCUGAAAACAAAACCCCACAGAUGUGUUGGUCAUUUUGUGUCUUUGACUGAAAAUGAUUAACUCAGCUUUUUUUCUGUUACAUAACUGCAUAUGUUUUUUAAGGAACUAUACUUACAACAACACUGCCAAUGUAAAAUGUGACAGAAAAAUGUAAUCUAAGAUUUGUUUUAAUGUGCCAUGUGUUGUACUGGCUUUCUUGAUCACCUACAAUCAUUUGCUGUUAAUAUGCUGCUAUUAAAGAUAAAAAAAGAUUCAUUGAUAUUAUUAGUAGUUAUGUAUAAUAUUAUUUCUUAAGUGAAAUGGAUUGGAGAUGGUUAUCUUCACAAAUUAUCAAUUUGGAUUUAAAAGCAAGCAGGCCAGAGACGUGUGUUAUGGGCUAAUAAGUACAUGAUCACUAACCCAUACAUGUGUGAUUUACUUUUAAUUGUGAUUUCAUAGUAUGGGUACAUUUCAUGAUGUGAGAUUUUCAUGAUGGAGAGAAUUAUGUUUAUUAUAUUCAUGGUUUAUUUUUCAUAAAAGAGAUUUAUAGUCGAAAAAAUACUAUCCUUGAGUUACAACAAAAAAAUAAACAGUUAUGCAAACACUCAACACUUCUGGUAAACUGGUGUAGGCCCUCCCUGGGUUGAGGAUGUCUGCUGGUGGUUUUGUCUCUUGCUGUGGUUGUGUGAAGGGGAUCUCCUUUGUGAUUACAUAAUGGCUGUUGUAGGACAGAUAUUCAUUAUAAUUUGCUGUGGUUGUUUUGACUUCUGGGACCACUUAAACUAUGUUGAACAGUUGAAAAUGGUCUGACCCAAAAUCAAAUAAAAUGUAUUUUUUGGAAAGUGGGGGAUGGCAGAUUCUCACUUCCAUGGCAAAUUCAGAUUGUGUUUACGUCAGUAAUACUGCCCACAAAACAGAAGUGAGAAGUUGCAUAUAGGAGGAAGAGAAGGCAGCACAAAGUGAUUUCUUCUGCGUCGAGACAUAACGAAAAAUACCCAGCAUGGAUAUGGAUUAUUUUGAAUAUGCGGAUUACACUCCAGACAAUGAAACGGAGAACCACAACUUCACAACUGAAGUAAUAACUUUUAGAAGUUCCCAGUCUUCUUUGUCUCAUGUGUUGGUAGCAGUCAAUAUCAUGAUAUCGCUUAUUGGCCUUGGAGGAAAUUCAUUAGUGAUCUGGAUUUGUGGAUGGAAAAUGAAAAGAACCGUCAUCACCACCUGGUACAUCAGUGUGGCCAUUUCAAACUUUUUGUUCUGUGCAUUUUUGCCUCUGGAAAUAUUCUACAUGAUCACCUCCCACUGGCCAUUCGGACUGGUUUUGUGCAAGCUCACCUCCUCCGCCCUUUUCCUCAACAUGUACAGCUGUGUCUUUCUGUUGGUUCUGAUCAGUGCUGAUCGCUGUAUCAUGAUUUGUUUUCCGGUGUGGUCACAUAACCACCGGACUGUGCGCAAAGCAUUUGGAGUUGUCGUCCUCAUGUGGGUCCUUUCUGCACUCCUAACAUUGCCCUCGCUGAUCUUCAGACAAACCACUGUCCACGACUCAGUCACCCAGUGCUACACCAGUUACCAUUCCAGACACAGGGCAGUGGUUCUGACUCGAUUCAUCUGCGGAUUCCUGAUUCCUUUCCUAAUUAUUGUGUUCUGCAGUUCAGUGCUCUGUUUAAAACUGAGAAGUUUGACCAUCAAGUCAACAAAGCCUUACAAAAUCAUGGCGGUACUCAUCUUGUCAUUUUUCUUCUGCUGGGUCCCCUAUCAUAGCUUUGUUAUUUUGGAGUCAGACUUGAAGAACCACAGCCUCGAUGUACUUCAAGCUGGCCUUAAGGUGGGGGCCACCCUGGCUGCAGCAAACAGUUUAAUAUCCCCCGUUAUCUAUGUGUUCAUUGGUAAUGACUUUAAACGAAUCCUAAGGCGGUCUUUGACAUCAAGGAUAGAGGAGGCAAUGGCGGAGGACAUCCGAACGGGUGGUCUCAAUACCUCAAAGACUAAGCCAAUGGAAAUUGAGUAAACUCAAAUUGAAAUCUUAGUUAUCAAUGACAAUCAGUAUUUCACAGGACAGAACAUUAAGAGCAAGGUGAUAUUGACAAAGCAUAUGUCAUGGCAUGUUUACCUGUAUAUAUUGUAUAUUCAUAUGUCAAUGAUUUAUACAUAAUGACGAUAUAAUCUCAUUGAUUUUUUUACACAGAAUCAAAUUUUGCACAACCCAACGAUCACGUUUUGUCAUUUGGACUGUGUUGGUUAUAGAUUCGCCAUUGUUUGUGUUAAAUUGUUUUUACGAGUGUGAAUGAAUUGCUUGUGUUAUCUAUGCAAACAAGGAAAAGUAAAGCUAUUAAGGCUAUUUUUUAUAAAAUAUAAUUCAUCUUCCACAAUAGAUUUGAAUUUGGUUGUUCAAACUGUGAACUAAAACAGUGAGAACACUAUCAAAACUAUGUGCACUGGAAAACACAAAUACAUGGAUUCCUAAACGACAAAUUAGUAAUUGAUCCAUAUUAAAAAUAUUAAAAGAAAAUAAACAAAUGAAUCAUGUUUGUGAUGUUGAAACUGUAUUCUGUUCUAUAAAUAUAAAAUGUUCCUUUUGAUAAAUGUAGCCCUAUUAGCAAACAGUAGGCUCCUAAUGUAUUUUAUUUUUUUAUUUUAAGCAAAUUAGAUAUAUCGAACAUGCUCUUUGUGAAAUGUCUAUAUCAAAAUGGAAAAAUAAAUAUGUGAACGAA